AUGUCGCAGAUCGUAUUCCUCAUUCCUCAUAUCACUUACGCCAUUAUCGAUCGGAGCACCUCUCACUCUCAUUUGCUUUGUUGUUUGUCGCCUGCUCCAUCAACCGAUAUUGAUCUCUCUGUUGAAUCUUUCUUCGCACAUCAUCGUUAUCUGGUCGUCGCCCUCGACUGCUACUUCUUCCGGUCAUCUUUCUCAUUGACCCUGUGCGGGUUCCAAUCCACUCCACUCCAUUCUAAUCCAAUCCAAUCAAAUCCAGGUGAUAACAAAACCAUCAUGUUUAAGCUUUGUGCUUUAUCUUUUAUACUUACUAUGACAUUGACUGAUGGGUGUCUAUAUAUUGGAGUGCGAGAUAAGGAGUUACUUCCUUCGGGCCCAUGUUCUUCCAUUAUCUACAAAUCCUUUGGUGAAAGAGCUAAUUUAAACGAAAAAAGUGCUAUUGGGAUGAUGAAAAAAACUCCGUUAGUCCAAGAUUGUUGGGAAAAUAAGAAAUGUGGACAUCUUGGACUGCAAGAUGGAAUACUGAAGAGUUUAAGAAGAAAUCUAUAG